UACAUGAAGAUGAACUAGCAUGUUCCACUAGUUCUGGUACUUGUUACAGCCUCUCUCUCAAAUCCUCAAGCAUAAUAAAGGAAUGGAGUCCUCAUAGUGAAGAGUGCCGGAGUAUCAGGUAUUCUCCCAGUGGUGGUUGGGUAUUAUCUUCUUCAUAUGAUGGUAGUGUAGUAUUGAGUGAUGCUGGCAGCUACCAGUGGUCAGUGGUUACUAGGUUCAGUAAUAAAGUUAUACAGUCAAGAUGGGAUACUACUGGCGACCUGUUUGCUUGCACUAGUGCUGAUAAAACUGUCUCAUUUUGGAAGAAUAACAACAACAAUUUAUGA